UUUUGUUCUUUUUCUUUAUUUGGGUAAACCCUCCACAAGUAUUUGCGAUACUUCUGCUGCAGAGUCGUUGCAUAUGUAUAUAAAUACCAACGAACGUCUGCUGCCCCUUUUAAGUUGAAUUUUUUAACCCUCUCACAAGCAUUCCUCUUGUGAUUUCCUUCUUUCUUUCUGCACUCACAUUGAUCACCACUCUCUCCUUUUUCUUCUUCUAAACGAAGAAGAAAUCAUCAGAAGAUUAAAAGAGAGAAAAGUUGUGAAUUUGAGUGCUAGAUAGCCAUGGGGAAGGAAUUACAAGUUCUUAAUGCUCUUGAUGUAGCGAAAACACAAUGGUACCACUUCACUGCAAUUAUUAUCGCUGGAAUGGGCUUUUUCACCGAUGCAUAUGACCUGUUUUGCAUUUCUCUGGUCACUAAAUUGCUUGGCCGCAUAUACUAUCAUGUGGAUGGGGCAGAGAAGCCUGGAACUUUGCCUCCUAAUGUAUCAGCUGCUGUUAAUGGUGUGGCGUUCUGUGGAACUCUUGCAGGCCAGCUCUUCUUUGGCUGGCUUGGUGACAAGAUGGGGAGGAAGAAAGUUUAUGGUAUGACUCUUAUGCUCAUGGUGAUUUGUUCAGUGGCAUCAGGUCUUUCUUUUGGCCAUACUGCUAAAUCGGUCAUGGCAACUCUCUGCUUCUUCCGGUUCUGGCUUGGGUUUGGUAUUGGUGGUGACUAUCCACUUUCUGCCACCAUCAUGUCUGAGUAUGCUAACAAGAAGACCAGGGGUGCCUUUAUCGCUGCUGUAUUUGCCAUGCAGGGAUUUGGAAUUUUAGCAGGAGGUAUUUUUGCCAUAAUUAUAUCAUCUUCUUUUGGGGCCAGGUUCGAUGCUCCAGCUUAUGAGGUUAAUGCAACUGCCUCAACUAUCCCACAAGCAGACUAUGUAUGGCGUAUAAUUCUCAUGGUUGGAGCACUUCCUGCUGCCCUUACCUAUUAUUGGAGGAUGAAAAUGCCUGAAACUGCCCGCUACACCGCCCUUGUUGCCAAGAAUGCAAAACAGGCUGCUUCUGAUAUGUCCAAAGUUUUGCAGGUGGAUCUCGAGGCAGAAGAGCAAAAGGUUCAACAGAUCUCUGGGAAUCAAUCCAAUGGAUUUGGUCUGUUCUCUAAACAGUUUCUUCGUCGCCAUGGACUUCACUUACUUGGCACAACAACCACAUGGUUCUUGCUUGACAUUGCAUUCUACAGCCAAAAUUUAUUCCAAAAGGAUAUCUUUAGUGCAAUUGGGUGGAUUCCUCCUGCAAAGACUAUGAAUGCCAUCGAGGAGGUUUAUAGAAUUGCAAGGGCACAAACACUUAUUGCUCUAUGCAGUACUGUCCCAGGCUACUGGUUCACAGUUGCUUUGAUUGACAAAAUAGGAAGAUUUGCCAUUCAGUUGAUGGGAUUCUUCUUCAUGACAGUGUUCAUGUUUGCUUUGGCCAUUCCUUACGACCACUGGACCCACAAGGACAACCGAAUUGGAUUUGUUGUCAUGUACUCAUUAACCUUCUUCUUUGCAAACUUUGGACCUAAUGCCACCACAUUUGUCGUGCCAGCCGAAAUUUUCCCAGCAAGGUUAAGGUCCACUUGCCAUGGUAUAUCAGCAGCAUCUGGAAAGCUUGGGGCCAUGGUUGGUGCAUUCGGGUUCUUAUAUUUGGCUCAGAACAAAGACAAGGCCAAGGCAGAUGCAGGGUACCCAGCAGGCAUUGGUGUGAGGAACUCACUUAUUGUGUUGGGUGUAAUCAACUUCUUAGGCAUCAUGUUUACUUUCUUGGUGCCAGAAUCGAAGGGAAAAUCUUUGGAGGAGAUGUCAGGUGAGCACGAGGAAGAUAACGAGAACGAGGAGCAAAGUUCACAUAAUAACAGGACGGUUCCAGUUUAGAUUAGUCCAAAAGCAAGUUGUCCAGAAUAAAAGUUGUACAAGUCUUCUUGAUUCUGGCAAGAAAAGUCUGAUAUUUUUUUCUUCCCCCUGCUUGCCUUAUCUUGUAGUUCUUCUAUCUCCACUUUCUGUUUUCCUUAAUUUUGUACUUAUUGUAGUCAUAUCCUGCUGGAACUCAGGAAUAUAAUAGACAUUCGCUAUUGUUCUUCAUUA